AUGUUUCCUUUCCUACUCUUUUUUACAGUUGCAGUCAUGCGGACCGCAUCCUUCCUGCUGCAGGCCAGACUUGAUAUUAAAACUGCAACAGUCGAGUCAUUUCUACUGAUGGGUACAGCACUUGGCAUUUCAGCAAUCGGUUUCGGCAUAACAAACACUUUGGAUGACAAAACCCCGGUGCCUGAGGUUCCAGGGAAUUAG